GGGAAGACAGAGUGGCCCGGCUGUUGCCGUGGCUUCUCGGUCCCGCCGUGGGAGGGAAGCGGCUACGCGAGGCGCCCGCUAGUUUGGGCGACGAGGCGGGCCGGGAAGCGGAAGAAGUCCGGUGCUGUGGGUCCCGGAGCCGGGGGCGGAGCUCAGGGGCGCCCGGAACCCCGGAGAGCGGCGGGGAGCCGGGGAAGCGCUUCCUUCCCGAUUUGCCGAGUAGAGCCCAUCUCCCACGCCCACCCCCACUGCUCCCCAGCAGCUCUGGGCGUGGAAGCAUGGCGGUGAGCCACUCGGUGAAGGAGCGGACCAUCUCCGAGAACAGCCUCAUCAUCCUGCUGCAGGGUCUCCAGGGCCAGGUGACCACCGUGGACCUGCGGGAUGAGAGCGUGGCCCGUGGCCGCAUAGACAAUGUUGAUGCUUUCAUGAACAUCCGCCUAGCUAACGUCACCUACACAGACCGCUGGGGACAUCAGGUCGAGCUGGAUGACCUCUUCGUGACCGGCCGCAACGUCCGCUACGUCCACAUCCCCGACGAAGUGAACAUCACGGCCACCAUCGAGCAGCAGCUGCAGGUCAUCCACCGGGUGCGCAACUUCGGCAGCAAGGGCCAAGGCCGCCGGGAGUUCCCCUCCAAAAAGUACAAAUGAGCCUUCUCCUCGGCCAGCCCUGUCCCCACUCAGGUUCCUCCUGAGUUCUACUGAGCCAACCCCGCCUGCUCCCCUCCCUGCCUAGAGCCCAGAAAGAGAGCAGGGCCGGCCCAGAGACCGGGGUCUCUCGGACAGACACCCCCGUUACAGCUGCCUUUCAGACUCACGCUGGGAUCCCGCUUAUCUGUCUGUGGCCUCGAUCAUUUACAUCGGGAUCUGACGUACAGAUUGUGGGCAUCUGUCACGUCGUCGUUGGCCCUCUCCCGGUGCAGGUUUUGGAGCAUACUCAGACUCCACCACCCCUGAGUGUUUGGGUUUCUCACAGUUGUGUUUGCUUUCUCAUAAAACUUGGAUAUAAACA